AUGCAAAGCCGAUACUCUCAUGCUGUGGGUGUCCUGAAGGGUUUUCGAAAAAUUGCCGAAGCAUCAGUCAAGUUACAGGCAGAUGAAGCGUGUCAAUGGUGGAGUAAAUCAAGUUUAAAGGAUUUACUAGUCGAUGAACUCCGUUGUUGUGGAAAAUCUGUUGGUCAGAAGGACCUUUCUGAGUCAGCAAAGUUCGUUGUUGAUCGACUGAAUUUGUUCGCUCGGCAAAGUGUUAUUGUUGGCCAGCAUUUGUGCUCAUCAUCUGCUACGGUGGAUUCUACUUCAGAAGCUCCCCCUGUAUCUAACGCUGAGGCAUUAACUGAGUACGAAGCAUCUCAGAUAUCGAAAUUAAAUCUAGAAUCGGAAAAUCCUCUUCCUUCGGAAGAAAAUCCAUCAGUUGGUUCCAAAGCAGCCGGUGCAUAUCCCAUGAUUCAUAAUCUCGGACCUGUCGCCAAGCCAACUGAAGUCACUUUGAGUGAAGCAAAAGAGCGUCGAGUACCGUCAUCUCGCAUCGGACGUAUUGCUGGCUUUGGAAAUGAAAGUCUCGUUAGCCCGCAAAUACAAAAGAUAUUCGAACGCGUCCGGCAGGCGGCUGAUUUCAUGCCAGCAAAGCAGAUGCGCAAGGUGCUUACUGAAGAACUGGGACCGGACUGGAGUGAUCGUUUAGCCGAUUUUGAGGAGAAACCAUUUGCGGCAGCAAGCAUAGGCCAGGUUCAUCGGGCAAAACUGCAUGAUGGCAGAAUAGUCGCCAUGAAAAUUCAAUACCCGGGUGUCGCAAAUAGUAUCGAUGCUGAUGUCACUAAUCUGAUGGCUGUGCUCAAUCGCUUCAAUGUGCUUCCACGAGGCCUUUUUGCUGACCGAGCUAUUGAAGUAGCUAAACGAGAGUUACGUGCCGAAUGUGACUAUUUGCGCGAGGCCGAGUACUGCAAAAAGUUUGCCACCCUACUCGAUGGUGAUCCUGUCUUUCAAGUCCCGACUGUGGUCGAUGAACUUACGUCCAGCCGGGUCUUCACAGCGGAAUUCAUGGAAGGAAUGGUACUAGAUGACUGUAUUUCACUUCCACAGGACGUGCGCAACUGGCUUGGCGAACAACUUUUGCGACUUUGCUUGAAGGAGUUGUUUGUCUUUCGUGUGAUGCAAACCGAUCCCAACUGGUCCAACUUCUUGUACGAUCCAAAAUCCGGCAAGAUCAUGAACGAUGCUCAUGUGGAAGCUGUAAGUAUUCUUGGUGAAGCGUUCGCCUCCAGUGUGCCUUUCGAUUUUGGACGUCAUUUAAUGGUCGUGGAACGUGGUGUGAAUUCUCCGUCCUUGGAGUCUAAUGACUCGGUGCCUUUCGAUGACUGGAACCAGGAUGAAUCGGAUCCCGAGCUGGAUGAACUACCCCAGGUAACUGUGGGCUAUGUACCAUUGGGUAGUGAAACAAUACAAACGAUCGGCGAGGAUGACGACGACGACGAAGAGGCAAAUGGGAACAUGUCACUAGGCGAGGAACAUAUGAAUCUCGCAGAUGACUGUGGUCACGGAACAGCAAACAAGGUUAAUGGUUCCAUGAAUGCACAUAUUGCUAACCGUGUGGAAGAAUCCGGGUCAUCUACAAAAAGUUCUGCUUGGGAUUCUACCUUGGCUUCUUUAUCUGAUACGAUGGUGGAUCGUUUGCUUCAGAAUCAGUUAUGUAUGACCGAGUUCGAGCCUCGAGGAGCAUGUGGUGUGAGUUUUGUUGUUUUUCUUGCGGAUAUUAAGGAAAUGUAUAUGCCCAUCAAUGUGGACUUCUGUCUAAAACAAAAGCAUUUUCCAUAUGCAGAAUUCAUUCAAAACAACAGCGUGGCGAACAAGCUCAUCUUCAGUUAUUCGUAA